AUGCCAUUUUUCGGGAGGGUGCCACCUCAGUUGGGCAAUCUGUCGAAGUUGCACUACCUUGAUCUCUCACCCAGUACAGACGCCAUCCCCUUCCCAUGGGAAUGGGGUGAUCCAAAAUUGUACUCUACUGAUAUAUCAUGGUUAUCAAAUCUGCCACUAGAAUACCACAAUAUGGCCUAUGUAAACCUCAGCAGGAUAGUUGACUGGUCUCAGGUGGUCAACGGGAUUCCUUCUUUGAAGGUCCUUCGUCUUCCUGGUUGUUCUCUUACAAGUGCAAACCAAUCUAUCCCACAUCUUAAUGUUACAGACCUUGAAGAGCUCGAACUCCUCGGGAACUACUUUGACCACUCGGUUACAUCAUGUUGGUUCUGGAACUUGACAAGCCUCCAGUAUCUUGACCUUUCUGGAACUAAUUUGUAUGUGAAUGGAGGUCUCUUGAACUUAGCCAAUAAUCGUUUGGAGGGCGAACUUCCACAAUGUUUUGAGCCAAGAAGGGUGAAUACACUAAUAUUAAGUAAUAAUAUGUUAUCUGGGAACUUGCAAACAAUUUUGGAUACAUACACAGAACUAUGUAUCCUCGAUCUAGCAUGGAAUAACUUCACUGGCACAAUUCCAGAAGCUAUAGCCAAGUUUACAAGAUUAUCUCAUCUAAAUCUGGCAGGCAAUAGUAUAUCAGGUGCCUUACCCCAGAAUUGGUCAACUUUAAUGGGUAUGCAGCAAGGGGUGUUUCAAGUCAUGGCAGAUAACAACGCCAAUAUGUCCGUGACCAUGAAGGGGCAAGAGCGGUAUUACUAUGAUUUAGCAACUUAUGACAUGGUGAGCAUUGACUUAUCUUCGAACUAUUUAACUGGUGGAAUUCCAGAAGAAUUAGCAUCACUAGGUGGAGUUAUAAAUCUGAAUUUAUCGCGGAAUCACUUGACUGGAAAAAUUCCAAGCAUGAUUGGGGUUAUGAGAUCAUUGGAAUCACUCGAUCUCUCAGAAAACAACCUUUAUGGAGAACUCCAACAAAGCCUAUCAAAUCUAGCGUACUUAAGCUACUUGGAUUUGUCAUACAACAAUCUUACAGGAACAAUCCCAUCAGGGGUUCAGUUAGACACGAUCUAUGCACAGAACCCAUUUAUGUAUGACGGGAACAAUGAUCUUUGUGGACACCCUCUUCAGAAGAAUUGCUUCCAAAUCAAUGAACCAAACAAUGGUGAUCACAAGCGAGAUGAACUUGACUCUAAUGUACUAUCAUUUUUCUUUGGACUUUGUGUAGGAUUUGUGUUUGGUGUCUGGGUGGUGGUGUGUUUCAUGUUAUUCAAUGAAUCAUGUAGGGUUUCUUACAUUCUCAUAUUUGACACAUGA